UGUGGGGUGUAAUCAGACAGCAGGGGCGACCUAAGAAGGAUGUUCUGCCGUGUGUUCUCUUCUGUAAUCCUGUGUAAUCUCUUAUAAUAUGUUGUUCUCUGCAGGUGGGUUGUGGUGACAGCCUGGCUGAGCGGCGCGAGAGGGACUGACAUAUGAACACUGCAGGGAACGGUGGUGGAGCAGAGUCUGCCAGUCACGAGAUGCCGUGAUGGACGCGUGGCGGCCCGACCCUCGCGCGCCCCCGUUCGUGCCCCGCCGCCAGGCUUCCCUGCGGGCACGCGGGGCCGCCUCGCUGCGCCGCCCGCCACUCCUGUUGCUGCCCCGCGGACGACGGCUAGCCAGGCUCGUGCAGGGCGGCCUGAUGCUUGUGUUGAUGGUGACGAUUGCCAUUAACAUUUCCUUCAUCGUGGACAAGACAAGGCAACUUAGAACACCUUCUGCUACCCUGGGGAGCGAGGGUGAUGGGGGCGGCGCGGGCGUGGGGCGGCGCAACAACCUGAGGCUGCAGGAGUCGCCGCCCAAGACCCUGAUGGUGGAGGUGCUGUCCAGCCAGAACAGGGUGGCCGUGACGGUGGACGGCGCCACGAUCGUGGAGGAGGGCGAGGAGGGCAAGGGGCGCGGCAUCCACGUGGUGGUGCUGCAGCAGGCCAGCGGCGCCGUCAUGGCCCAGCGGGUGUUCGAUACGUACUCCCCCCACGAAGACGAGGCCAUGGCGCUCUUCCUUAACAUGGUGUCCCCAGGCCGCGUGCUGGUGCUGGCUGUCAAGGACGAAGGCACGUUUCAGAUGAAGGCGAGUGGGCGGGAUGCGCUGCGCCGCCUGGGCAGCGUACACGCCCACGAGCUUGGGUGGCGCGACAUGUGGGCGAUGGUGGCGGCGAAGGGCGGCCGUGUGUACGAGGAGCAGGUGUCCCGCAGCGCUGACUUUAACUCCUGGGGCACGCCCAUCACGCUCAAGGCUGAGGUGGCGCUGGUGCCGCUGCAAGAGAGCGAGUGCAGCUGGCCGGACACUGACGAACACAGGAGGAGGCGCGAGUUCUGUGGCCACAUAGAAGGUUACGGCUCCGUGUGUUCCUGUGAUGACCCCGCGCCUCUUGCCUUCACCCCCGAGCCUCUGCUGAACAACCAGGUGCAUGAAGUUCCCGUAGCCAUCAUUGCCAGCAACAGACCUCACUACUUGUACAGGUGUCUGCGCUCCCUGCUGGCCGCGCCUGGCGUCAACCCUGACAUGAUCACAGUGUUCAUUGACGGCUACUACGAGGAGCCCCUGGCCGUCACCAAGCUGUUCGGCCUCAGGGGCAUCCAGCACACGCCGCUCGGGGUGAAGAACGCGCGCAUCGCCCAGCACUACAAGGCUUCCCUCACCGCCACCUUCAACAUCUUCCCCGCCGCGCGGUUCGCCAUCAUCCUUGAAGAAGACCUGGACGUGUCGCCGGAUUUCUUCAGUUACUUCAGCCAGACACUCACCCUGCUGGAGGAGGAUCCCACCCUGUACUGCGUGAGUGCCUGGAACGACCAAGGCUACGAGCACACAGGCAGCGACCCAGCACUGCUGUACCGCGUGGAGACCAUGCCAGGCCUGGGCUGGCUGCUGCGCCGCUCACUCUACAAGGAGGAGCUGGAGCCUCGCUGGCCCACCCCAGAGAAGAUGUGGGACUGGGACAUGUGGAUGCGGCUGGGCGAAGUGCGUCGUGGCCGGGAGUGCAUCGUGCCGGAGGUGUCCCGCACUUACCACUUUGGCUCCUCAGGCCUCAACAUGAACUCCUUCUUCCAAGACACCUACUUCAAGAAACACGCCUUCAACACCCUCACCUAUGUGGAGCUCAAGGACCUCGACAGUCUGAAGCAAGGGCCAUAUGAGGAGCUGCUGGCUGGGAUGUUUAGCCGAGCCACCUUGCUGGACCACACCACCUCCCCCUGUGAUGAAGACUUCAUUCCUGACACUCGAGGCCAAACCUUCCUGCUCUUCAUCCACAUGGCACACCACAAGGACUUCACUACAUGGCUGCAGGUGGCCAAGUGCCUGAGGAUCUGGGAUCUGGAUGGGCGAGGCUACCACCGCGGCAUGUGGCGCCUCAACAUUAAGACCAACCCGCUGCUCAUUGUGGGUGUGCCCUUCUCCCAGUACUCGAAGUACAAGCCAGCCUCCCUGCAGCCACUCAACCUGGAGACAACAAGCAAGGAGAAGACAAAAGCAUCUGACAAGACUGGCGUCCGGAGAUAACAGUGGGCAGCCUGCAUCCUGGUGUGCUUAUGUCCCGUCCCUGGCCAGGCCAAGACGCCCCACAACCUGGCCUGCAGCAAGUGUGUGGAGGGAAGGCUGGGGCAGAGGGGCAGAUGGCCAGACCAGGCACAGAGGCUUGGGGAGAGAGAGAAGGUGGAGUGUGUUGUCCUGAUGUCUGGCACACAGCUUGCUUGAGUGGUGUCUUGGCCCAGAGAAGCUGUGGUGUCUCUCAGCACAGCAGCCACAGUACCAAGAACAAGCCUGGCUGCCUUUCACCCCAGCCAACAUGUUCUCCUUGUCUCUGUCUCUCUCCCUGUAGUGUCAUCUUGUGUGUCAGAUAAGGAUUCACUUUGUUCCUGACACAGACAAUAACAUGACUUUUUUUUUUAUUUUCUUCAGGUGAUCUAGUACUUUUGUUCCAUCACACAUUUUCAUUGUUUUGCUCCUAUGUGUAAGGUGUCUCUUUGUACUUGUCAUGUUCUGUCUACCAUGUGUGUGAGUGGGAGUGGGAGUGUGUGAGUGGAGGCAGUGGGGGCCAGUGCGACACCAGCAAGAGAGUGUUCAUCACAGGUCUGGCUGAAUCUCUCUCUCUCUCUCUCUCUCUCUCUCUCUCUCUCUCUCUCUCUCUCUCUCUCUCUCUCUCUCUCUCUCUCUCUCUCUCUCUCUCUCUCUCUCUCUCUCUCUCUCUCUCUCUCUCUCUCUCUCUCUCUCUCUCUCUCUCUCUCUCUCUCUCUCUCUCUCUCUCUCUCUCUCUCUCUCUCUCUCAUCUCUCCCUUUUCUCUCUCUCUCUCUCUCUUGCCCAGUAUACCUCUUCUCUCUAAUCAUUCUUCCUUCCUCUGCACAUGUUCUUUUUUUCCUCCUCCUCCUCUUCCUCCUCCUGACAUGACAUGCCAGCCAGCAGGUGACAGCCCAGGCCUUGAAGACUGUCACUGUCAAGGUCUGCAGAGGAGGGGAUACAAGAGGGUUAUGAAGUGUGUGAAGCCUUAAUGCUUCACUGGAAAUUCUGAAGUACAAAAGGUUUACUCAGAUAAUGUGUGAGCCAUUCAGUCUGUACCUAGAGGGAAGACUUAAUGUUAUGACUCAGUGUUGCUACAAAGAUGAGGUCAUUGUAGGAUCUUUCAUUGUGCUGAAAUAGUGAUGCUGUGUGUUACAAAGUGCACUGAGACUGUUUACAUCUCUGAAAUGCUUGUCGGUGCGUUGCAGGGACUGUCACGUGUGUGCCUGAUGCUGCCGCCUUGCAGCUUCCCUUAUUUACUUGUGUUGUGUUCUUAUCAUUGUGACACAUUCCCACAGCUGACACACUUCAUGUUGUUUUCAGUCAGAUUUAAAGGUGAUGCAGCAGGGAGAACAUCACACCCUCAGCAACCAACACCAAAAGUUUUAGUGCAAGUAUUGGCAGGCAACAGUUGUGUGAGCAGCUUUACUGUACACAAUGGUGCUGAAGAGGCGCUGUGGUGGUGUACCUGUAGAGCAACACCACCACCACCACCAGUGUGUGUGUGUGUGUGUGUGUGUGUGUGUGUGUGUGUGUGUGUGUGUGUGUGUGUGUGUGUGUGUGUGUGUGUGUGUGUGUGUGUGUGUGUGUGUGUGUGAUUCACCUACGGUCAUCUGCUGGUCACCCAGCCAGUCAUUACCAUACGGAAAGAGCUCAGAGGUCAUAGUGACCAAUCUUUGGGUAGGACUGAGACCACUUAUACACCACACACCGGGACAGUGAGGUCACAACCCCUCGGGUUACAUCCCAUACCUACUUACUGCUAGGUGAACAGGGGCUACACAUUAAGGGGCUCUCCCAUUCACCUCGCUGCUCCUGGGAUUCGAACCCAGGCUGAGUGUGCUAACCACUACACUACGCGGUGUGUGUGUGUGUGUGUGUGUGUGUGUGUGUGUGUGUGUGUGUGUGUGUGUGUGUGUGUGUGUGUGUGUGUGUGUGUGUGUGUGUGUGUGUGUGUGUGUGUGUGGAAGGAAGGAGAACAAACUGCAGCCAGCAGUAAAACACUAUUUUCUCUGGCAACGUUGUGUGAACUUCUGUCAGUCAGUAAUAGCAAGUUUUAUUGGCAGGGUUUAAUUAAGUACAGCCACAUAUACUUCAUUACCUUUGGUCUCAAGAAUCAUCACACUCACUCAAUGGACAACCCUUGAGUUAAGAUAAUUCUGCUGAGUGCUGACCUGAUGGAGGCCGUGUGUGGCAUGUGGAUGACAGUGGCAGGCAGGACACACAGGAGCUGGACUGUGAUGUUACUGGCAUGCUGUGUGUCAGGUGAAGGGUUGUGGUGGUGAACCAGUGUUACAUGCAUGACUGUUGAGCAGGGCAGGAGUUGGGGUCAUCUCAGGGCUGCAAGACUCUCCCUGAGUCCUCUGAUUGGUGACUCAGGGAAACUCAUUUAAAAACUGUGAAUAACUACAGUCUGAAGCCUAAGAUGAGCUGUUAGGUGUGGCCUGUCAAAUCUUGCUUUGUUGUUACAUCUCCCUAGACAGGCUGAUGUGUGCCCCCUCUAUCACACUGUUACCUGUGACUCUAAUUGAUUGUGAAUGACAUACUUUUAUAUUAAGGCUGUAUGAUUUUAUGAAUGACAUACUAUUUUAUGGUAAAAAAUGCCCUCGUGUAUAUUUCUUUAUACUUGACAAAAUAGUACAUGUGACAGUUUUGCCUGAGUGACCUUGACACGGGCUGUGCCUGGUCAUUCUUGAUCACCUGCCUGCUCUGCUGCAAUGUGUGUGAGAGAUCUGACAACAGUGUGGACUGACCCAGCCACACCCAAGAGUUCAUCUUAGGCUUGAAAGACUGUAAGGACUGUAUUUCAAAACACUUCCGUGCCACACCACUACUUUCUAAAGGCUCUAGUUGAAGUUAUACAGGAGAGUGUUUUUACUAUUGUAGUGACAGAUUAAUAAGAUUUCUAUAUUGCUUAUAAGAGAAAUUAUCUUGAAAACCCAGCUAAUCACCUCUAUGGCCUUGGAAAACAGUGGUGGUGAGAGAGCAGAGUGUUUCUGAAUAUGUGCCUGAGUCACAAUGUUACUGCAUAAAAAAGUGAUGAGUUGUUGAUUGCAUAUCUGUUAUUUGAGUAAGAAUGGAUUCUUAACCAUGUGUGAAUGUUAUUUUCUUGUUUUAAAGUGCAGGAAAGUAAAGGUUGUCAUGGCACAAGGCUGCAGGUUGAUGUCAAGCAGGAAAACAGGUUGUCAUGACAGAAGGGUGGAGGUUACUGUGAGGCAGGAAAAUGUAAAACCUGACACCAGACAUCUCACAUUCUUUGAGGAGUGUGUAUUCAUGUGAAUUAAGAGAGCCUGGAGAAAACCAGUUGAGGGGAGAAGGUCAAGGAGAAGACAGUGAGAUGGAGGGAUGAAAUUGUGGCAUAACUGCAAAGGACGGGAGGCACAGAGGAAGAUGCGAGGGACAGAAACAACCGGAGGAGACUUGUACAUGGCGUCAACCUCUUCCUCUGAGGAAACGUCCAAAGGAGAAGAAGAAGAAGAAAACUGGCAUGUGGUGCUGCUCACUCAUGCACUGCAGGGUGAUGGUGCUACUCAAAAACUACAGUCAUGAUGGAGUCUGGUCAUUGGUGGUGGCAGGUGAGGCUCUCUGCAUCACAAAGUCUUCUGUUGCCACUCUUGUCACAAUGAAGUGUCCAGAAAAGUCAGCCAAAGGUCACUUGGCUUCUGUCAACUACAACUUCAUUAGUUUCUUUCAGAGAGAUUAUUCAUCAUAACCUCAAAAUUAUCUUUUUCCAUCAUAAUUUAUGCUACAAAUAUUGAAAUACAUUUAUUCCACCACAGAAACUGGUGGCUGGCAGUGAGAUGAGUGUUUGCCAGUGAUCAGUGAUGCUUCUUGUGGUGUGGCAGAGUUUUGAUAUUUUCUGGAUUGGAAUAAUUCUCUGUUUAAGUGUGAACAAAAGCAUUGUUUGUAAUGUUGUUAAUUAAUCCUUUCACUGAUAAUGGCACAUUAUUUACUGGAGUAACUCUAGACAGUUACUGAGCAAAAGUUAAACAACAUGCACCAAUGAAAAGCUUUACCAAAUACUCAUUCUCCUCUUCUGCUGUCAAUGCCAUGCUUCAGAAUGAGUCUUAACCCCUAUACUGCAAUGCACAAAACUUCUGCCACUAGAAGCAAUGCAAGCAAUCUUUAUAACCACUUACAAGAAAGACAGGGAUAAAAAAGAGAAGAUAUAGCAAUUUCUGGUCAGUACAAUGUUUGAAGGUUGCUGUAGAGCACAGGAAGAUGUCCCCAGAUGAUUAAUAAUAGAGGAAAAAUGGUUUAUUUGUACAGGACCAGGUUGGCAAGUUGAGAGGCCUUGGCAGUCAUAGAGUUAAUGAACACUGUCUAGGGUAAUGAGAGCUAUGGUGGAGCAGCAGUGAAGGGAAUACUAGGCCAGCACCACAGAGCACUGCUGCCCUGCCUGGGACCAACACCCCAUCACUGCUUCCUUAACUGCCACCACUGUGUUGCUCAGUAGAAGCUGUACUGCAGGACCAAGGUGUGUGCUGAUGGCCACACCUCAGGAAGCACCCAGGAGGCACCAGUGGCCCUCCCAGUGUGAUGUCUUGGCUUGUCAAGAGAGACGACUGAUGGUGCUUAAAGUAUACUUGUAUCUUUCUUCCAAAUUCACCAUUACUUGCAGUGUGACAAGGGAGGCUUGUACACUCCCAGGAAGGAGAUGACAGGAAGCAGUGAUCCCCUACCCAGCUGGAAACAGAGGCACAGUGUGUGAGUGGCCCAGGGGGGAACUUCUGAGAGCAGAGUGAUAGUGAUGCAUUAACCAAGAGUGUUGAUGGGAGCCCAAUGUUGUGUGCUGCCCUCACUGUGAAGCAUGUGGUGAUGUGUGGGGAGUGGCGAGUGAUGUGUGGUGAGUGAACCAGCUUGCUAAUCAGUGACUGGUGCAGCAACAGUGACUCACAAAACCAUUAAUCUUGGUGCCACAAGAAUCAAGGUUACAUGGAACUGUAUUAAGACAGAAAAUGCACAAUAUGUAUAAUUCAAACCCACAAUAUUGAAAUAAACCACAAAUGUGCUGGCGAGCAGCAGUGACAGCUGUGCAGUGACCCAGUGGGCCCCCAUGCCAGGUGUGGUGGUGGCGGUGGCAGCACAGGGUACCACGCACUGGUCAGGUGUGGCCGCUAACCAGGUGUGCCGAGGGGGACUGUGUUGUGUCUGUGUUGUGUUAACACUGUCAUGUCUGCUGCAGUGUUAAUACAGUGCCACAUGUGCUGCAGUGUUGUAUUAACACUGUCAUAUCUAUUGCAGUGUUUUGUUAAAGAGUGCCACAUUAACUGCAGUGCUGUGCUAACACAGUGUUACAUGUUCUGCAGUGUUGUGUUAAACUGUACCACAUUUACUGCAGUGCUCUGCUAACACAGUGUUACAUGUGCUGCAGUGUUGUGUUACAGUCACUAAGGCUUCCAUAGGAGGUUAUGUUAAUCUCCCAGUGUGAGUGUCCAGUGCUGGCCACAGCAAACCAACACUCACUUCCACACAAGCAGUCCACAGGCUUCCUCAAAUCCAGAACUCCACAGAUGCAGAUACUUUGCAAAUACAUCAAUUUGGGUUUCAUUCUGGAUACUGCUGGAUUUUACUAAGUUAGGAUUUUUACAUAAUGAAGCUGUUUAUUAUAUCCAGUUUUCAUCCAUUACAAUUUUCACUUACUUUAAUGUGGCCAUCCAUAGGUGUGCAGUUUGAAAGUGAAUAGUAGUGGUGAAUGUGUAGUGACUGGAACACAAGAGUCCCAAAUGCUAUCUUAGGACCUCACAGUGAUGGUGGUUCCAGGCAGAGGCUUAGGCCCCAGCCCAGCAAAGACCUCACUGGCUAAAGAUUUAUCUCGCAAGGGGCUGCCAGGUCAACACGUGGCAGUCCCUGUUGUGAGGAGAGCAGUACAGGUCUCCAUCAAGCACUAUAUACACAUGAUGAUAUGGUGUAGGUAAGGUUUACCUCUGUAUGGCUGGGCAGGGAUCACACCCUUGUUCCCUCAGAAGCAGCUCAUCCUUAAAAAAAAUUAAUUGUAAUGUGUUCACUGUACAGAGGAAACAGAAACACUGGAUUUAGUCAUCAGGUUGUUAGUGCUAAGUCAUUAGGGAACUUUGAAAGAAGAUUAGACAGAUUUAUAGAUGAGGAUGAUAGGUGAAAAUAAGUAGAUAUGUUUCAUACAGGAACUGCCAUGCGUAGGCCUGAUGGCUUCAUGCAGCUUCCCUUGUGCUCUUAUGUUCUUUCUUAUAUUCUUAAAUGGAGGAAGCAGCUGUGUAGUGACGAGGAGUACAUGAGCCACAGCAUUAUCAUGGGACACGAUGAGCGUUGUGCUCCCAGUGACUGAGGUGCUGUCAGAUCAGAUCAAUUCUUCAGUGUUUCUGUGAAGCCUAAGGGAUCAUGAUUACUUGUAGUGGUAGUGGUGUGCAAGUGAACACACUUGGCUUACUUCAAAGAGCUCCCAGUGUCAGAUUCUGGAGGAAGAGGAGACUAAUUACCCAGUUUGUGGAGGGGAAGGCAGAGAGUGAGAUGGAGAGGUGGAAUUGAAGUAUAACUAUAGAGGAAAAUGCAAGGGACAGAAACAACAGCAAGAGACUCUUACAUUGCAACAACCAUUCACUUUAGGGAAACAGAUGAGGGGCUGUGGCCUUGCCCUGCCAUCUGGGACAGGAGGCUUCCAGUUCUGCUUUUUUGUAUGUGUGUGUGUGUGUGUGUGUGUGUGUGUGUUUCUCUGUGGGAAACUACAUUUCUUUAUGUUACUCAAGCAUCUUCCUUUUCUUAGUUUUUUGCUGUGUCCUCAUGUGAAUCUGGUAUUUCCUGCUUCUCUCAGCAGCAGUUUCUCAUUAUCUAUUUCUUCCACUUUAUUCCACAAUUAAUAAAUUAGUAUUAAUUUUCCCCUUUCUCUUCUUUGUUCCAGUGUUGACAGAUUCAUUUCCUUUAAUCUGUCUUUAUAUGUUAAUUUUCCCAAUUCAGGAACCAUCUUCAUUGCCAUCCUGUGUAUUCUUUCUAGUUUGUUGAUGUUUCUUCUUGUGGGGAGACCACACUGAUUCAGUAUAUUCCAGUCAUAGUGGUAAUUAUCUGUGGAAUGGACACAGUAAUCAUGCUGUUAGUGCUAAGACAUUAGGGAGCUUUAAGAGAAGAUUAGAUGGGUUUAUGGAUGUUGAUGAUAGGUGGAAAUAGGUAGGUAUAUUUCAUACAGGGACUGCCGCACGUAAGCCUGGUCGCUUCUUGCAGCUUCCCUUAUUUCUUACAUUCUUAUGUUCUUAUGUUUAUCCAUGUAGUGGAAUGCUGUUCCAAUAUUUCUCACCAUUCUAUAUGUAUCUCUGUAUGACUUUUCUCUGCUUCUCCAGCUGUUGACUGUCCUGUAUUGUCACUCCCAGAUCGUUCACUUCUUGUACCUUUAUUAUUUCUUCAUUUCCCAUUUUCUGUGUCCAUUUUAGUCUCUUCUCACUGUUUUUCCAUUUCCAUUACAUGACAUUUUUUUUCACAUUAAAUUCCAUCUCCCUGGAACUCCCUGCCUGCUUCUGUAUUUCCACCUUCCUAUGACUUGAAUUCCUUCAAGAGGAAGGUUUCAAGACAAUUAUCCAUCAAUUUUUGACCACUGCUUUGACCCUUUUAUGGGACUGGCAUUUCAGUGGGCAUUUUUUUUUUAUUAGAUUUUUGUUGCCCUUGGCCAGUGUCCUUCCUACAUAAAAAAAAAAAAGUCCCUGAUUUUAUUCAGAUCCUCUUACAUAAUUUCAGUCUUUAAUGUUUGUUACGUGUCUUUGUAACUUUGCAUUGUCUGCAAAGAAACUUAUGUAACUUUACUCUUCCAAGCACAUCAUUGAUGCAGAUCAGGAAAAGUAUUAGUGCCACCACUCAUCCUUCUGGUACUCCACUAUCUACUUUUCUACAUUUUGAUUUUACAUCUUUUACUACCAUUCUCAUUUCUUUUCCCUUUAAGUUACUUUCCAUCUGUUUUUUUUUUUUUUUCCAUUUAAUCCUCAUAUUUUCUAGCUUCCAUACUAAUCUGUCAUGGGAAACUUUGUCAAAAAGCUUUUUUUUUUAGAUCUAAAUACACACAGCCUCCCCAGCCAUCCCUCUCCUGUGUCAUGUCACUCUUGAAUAGAAGUUCAUCAGAUUGGUUACACAUGAUCACUUUUGUCUAGAGCCAUACUGUUUCUCUGUUAUUAUGUUUUUCUACAAAUUCUGUCCACUGCUUUUUCACAGAUCUUGUAUACUAUGCUGGUCAUUGAUACUGGUCUACAGUUUGGUGGUUCUUCUCUCUUUCCACUAUUAUAAAUUGGCACAAUAUCUGCUCUCUUCCAUUCCUUAGGCACUCUUCCAGUUGAUGUUGAGGACUUUAUUAUGUCAUAAUAUGACAUAAUAAGGAAACAGUUAACUGAACCAGUAUAUUAUACUGGUUCAGUUAACUGUUUCCUUCACUCUUUUAAAAUGAAACCAGAUGCUCCAUCUGGUCAUGUUGUUUUCUCUCUUCCAGUUUCUCCAUCAUUUUAUGAACCUCUUCUUUAAUUACUAUAAUUUCCCACAUUUGCUUUUUUGUCUUUCAUCUUGUGGUUCUCUUAAUUCUGAUUCUUCUGUGAAAGCUUGUUUCCCAAUUUACUUCUUUGCAAUUGAAGUCACCAACCAAUAUUACUCUUUUAUUACUUGUGAUUAAUUUACUCAGACACUGAAUGGUAUCAUCUAUUAUUAUCUCAUAGUCUUCCUUGCUCUAAGAAUUUGUUUUGGGUGGUACAUGGGUUGUUAUUAUUGUCAAUAUUUCUUUAUUAUUAUCCUCCAAGUUAACAUUCACUAUUUCUGCUUUUCCUUCUCCAUAUUUCACAUUUUUUGUCUUCACCUCUUUUCUUGUCAUUAUCAUUACACCUCCCUCUCCUUUAGCAGUACUGUCUCUUCUCCACUUAUUGUAGUUAUUGUUAAUGACUAUCUGGUUUUCUUCUUUUACCUUUGUUU